AUGCCUGACCCAGUCCCCGUGCGCGCCAACGGCGAAGUCCUCGACAUCUCGCACAUCAAAGGCAAUGCCUCCCCUCUCGUCAAGCAAACACUCGGCGACCUGAGCGCUGUGUUCAUGUCCGAGCGCCCUAAAGGCGCCACCCCCAUGUUCGGCGAGGCUAUACAGAAGCGCCUCAAGGUGACGGAGAUCUCGAUUACCCCUAAGCCGGAGGACGAGAAGAAGAAGGAAGCGAAGCUUGUUGUGGAGGUGGAUGUGAAGGAAGAUAUGCUGAAUGGUGGCGGGAGCAUCCACGGAGGGUGCUCGGCAUUCCUCGUCGACUUAUGCUCCGCUAUUGCCUUAAGUGCUCUGAGCCUGGAGACGAAAGGCGAGCUCUACCCCUGCAUAUCCCAGUCUAUCAACAUGAUAUACCACUCUCCUGCUGGACUUGGUGACAAACUCCGGCUAUUCAACACAACUCUCACUCUCGGAGCGCGCGUUCACUCUGCGCGAACUGAGAUCUGGAACGUAACCCACCACCGACUCGUCGUCUCCGGCACGCACAUCAUCAUGGUGCCGUCACCUCCGAAGGCGAAGCUCUAA